CACGCUUGACAGUGAUUGGCAGGGCUGCCAUGACAACGCUACAACGACACCAAGAAGACCAAUAGAAAAGGGAAACAAAAUGUUUCAAUGCUACACUCAACGGCGGAUUUAGGGGGGAGAUAUUAUGAGGCUGGUGUCAUUAGGCGAUAGUCAUUGAAUCAUUCAACCUUUUCUACUGGCCGGAUUUUUUCGGUUUUUCCUUUUCUCGAUAAUUUUCUUUCUCUCUCAGGUCAUUUCCAUGGUGUUCAGAUCCCCUUUAGAGCUUUAUCCCUCCCAUUUCUUCCUGCCGAACUUCGCUGAUCGCCCACUGCUGCUGGCGAACAGCGCUCCCACCGCCAGGUCUCCAGAAGACUUGUCCAUGUUUCAGCUACCGACCCUCAACUUUUCCCCGGAGCAGGUGGCGAGCGUCUGCGAGACGCUGGAGGAGACCGGGGACAUCGAACGGCUGGGCCGCUUCCUCUGGUCCCUGCCGGUGGCUCCCGGAGCGUGCGAGGCGAUCAACAAGCACGAGUCCAUCCUGCGCGCUCGGGCCGUCGUGGCUUUCCACACGGGGAAUUUCAGAGACCUCUACCACAUCUUGGAGAACCACAAGUUCACGAAGGACUCGCACGGCAAACUGCAGGCCAUGUGGCUGGAGGCGCACUACCAGGAGGCCGAGAAGCUGCGCGGCCGCCCCCUCGGACCUGUCGACAAGUACCGCGUGCGGAAGAAGUUUCCGCUGCCUCGGACCAUCUGGGACGGGGAGCAGAAGACGCACUGUUUCAAAGAGCGGACACGGAGCCUGCUGAGGGAGUGGUACCUUCAGGACCCCUACCCGAACCCCAGCAAGAAAAGGGAACUGGCUCAAGCCACUGGACUCACUCCUACACAGGUCGGGAACUGGUUUAAAAACCGGAGGCAAAGAGACAGAGCUGCCGCGGCCAAAAACAGGCUCCAGCACCAAGCAAUAGGACCGAGCGGGAUGAGGUCCCUCUCAGAGGCCGGGCUCACCCCUCACAGCUCGGCCGAGUCGCCGUCCACCGCGGCCAGUCCCACCACCAGCGUUUCCAGCAUGACAGAGAGGGUGGACACUGGGACGUCCAUCCUGUCCGUCACAUCCAGCGACUCGGAGUGCGACGUAUGAUGGAAGAAGAGAAAAA